AUGAAGCUGUUUAUACUGACGGCGUUUAUCGCCGCAGUAGCAUCGUCUGCUCACAUUGAAAUUAACACUUGGCCCUGGAAAGUCAACCACGAUUACGUCUACAAUAUAGACAGCUAUACCUGGGCUGCCUAUGACAACAGCAAGAACAUUGGCAGUGCCUUUAGGACUAAGUUCCUAGUCCGCGUGAUUGCACCAGGUCAUCUCAUAGCUAAACUAAGCAAACCUUUGUACGCACAGCUUGAAGAAGAGAAAAUUUCAUAUACCGAUAUACCUUCAAACAUUAAGUAUCAACCGAUACAAAUCACCGACGAAGCUUUUGACAUAUUCGUUGAAGGAGGUCGUAUUAAAUCUUUGAAUGUCCCCAAAACUCUUUCUAUUGCUCACGAAAACUUGCUUAAAGGUCUGGUCAGUGCACUUCAAGUUGAUUUAUCAACUAAUAACUACAUUGAUAACUUCCCCAACAGCUAUGAUAAAGAGACUAACCAAGGUCUUUUCAAGAAGGUGGAAACCGAUGUAAGUGGCGAGUGUGAGACCAUGUAUACCGUUGCACCUCUUUCUGCAGACUGGCACCGCGAGCUGCCGAAAUUCAAUUUAGAGGAGGAUCCUUUUGAGGUCAUUAAAGAAAACAACUAUGGCUCGUGCAAGAAAUACGCCACAUUCCAUUACGGUGUGCCACAAGGUGCACUCUGGCAUGGAAUUGCAACCGAAAAUGAAGAGAAACAGUUAAUCAAACACACUACUGAAGCUCGCUAUGUUGUUGGCAGGAAUGGCACGAUUUACAAAUCAGAGACCAUAGGUUCUGUUUUUGUUAGUCCUCUCCUAUAUGGUAAGCAAAAGGCUGAAGUUUACAGUUACGUAAAUGUCAUGCUUUCAUUCUCUGAAUGGGCUAGUGAUGACGAGUGGAAAAAACCUGAAGAAGUUCGCCAAGUUGAUUCCCUUAUAUUGACAAUGACUGAAUCAAUGUUCGUCCCCAAACUUAGUGAGCAGAGUAUCGCUAGCGCCCAAAAAUUACUGCAAGAUAUGGCUCCUUUGCUGCAAACACCAGACAAAUUACCAAAAGCCGACUUUCUUUCAAAGUUCAGUGUACUUGUGCGUCUACUUGCCUCUUUCAAUAAGGAACAGUUGAAGGAGUUGAGCAGCAGCGUCGAAAUUGCAAAGUCCUCGAAGAACAUUGGUAAGACUAGCAUGUGGAUAAUUUAUAGAGACGCAAUCGCGCAAGCAGGUACUAUACCUGCAUUUGAACAAAUACAGUAUUGGAUUGUGACGAAAAAAGUGCAAGGGGAAGAAGCAGCUGAGUUAAUUACUGCUAUAAGCUCUUCUCUUCGCUAUCCCACGAUGGACGUUCUAAGAAAAUUCUUUGAUUUUGCAACCGAUCCGCAAGUAAUGCAGCAACAGUUUUUAAAUAAUUCAGCUCUAUUAGCAGCGACUAAAGUCAUGCGAUUCAGUGAAAAACACGCAUAUGUAGAGGAAAACGUUAUUCCACAUCUUGCCAAAGAAUUAGAACAUGCUGUACAAAUUGGAGAUUCCAAUAAAGCACAAGUUUACAUCCGAGCGCUUGGCAAUUUGGCCCAUCCAGCAAUCUUGAAAGUGUUUGUUCCUUAUUUGGAUGGUAGCUUUAAAACAUCUAAGUACCUUCGUAUCCAAAUAGUUGCCAGUCUAAAGCCUUUAGCAAACACUAAAAAUGAGCUAGUUAGAACUGCACUUUACAGUAUUUUAGUCAAUUCUGCUGAAGCUUACGAAGUGAGGGUCAUGGCCGCCCUGAAUAUUUUCAUGACUGCACCUACUGCUGAGAUGAUGCAAGUAAUGGCACAUAUGACAAACAUCGAUCCCAGCUCGCAAGUACGAGCUGUUCUGGCGAACGGCAUUAAAUUCGCAGCCAAAUUGAAGGACCCUCGCUUUACUGAUCUUGCUAAAGCCGCUCGCUAUGUCAGACAUUUAGUUUCGGAAGAGAAAUUUGGAUAUCGUCUAUCGACCGAUAGCAUCAUCGAUGAGUAUACGAGUGAUGAUGAUAUCGCGUACUUCAGAGAACUAUCAUACAUUGGAAGUGAAGACAACUACUUUCCUCUAUACCACAGGUCGGCCUUGAGGUCCAGAGGUACUGGCGUCACUGAAGAGAGUCAGGUAACUUUAUCCGUAACUGGAGUGCAACAGUUAUUGGAGUACAUCGUAAAAAUGAUGCACGAACCAAAGAAGGCCGAGGUGGACCUUAAGUUCUCGGCUAGAGAAGUGGCUGAAAAGUUACACGUGAAACCUAAAUCCCGGGAAGAACUUGAAGGCUCACUUUUCCUUGAAAAUCUGAACCAACAGAAACUUAUCACUUUUAACGAGGCAGAUCUUAAAGAUUUUAUAUCUAACCUAAUUAAAAAUACGGAGCAGUUGUUGAAAGGCGUCGAUGUUCAGUACACCAAAGUUUUGAACCAUAAGCAAACCUAUGUAGCGUUCCCUCUUGCUUCUGGUGUGCCCUUCUUCUUCGAGUACAAUGAACCAUUGGUACUUUCAUUUAAUGGCAAUGUGAAAUUCCAAUUUGAAAAGAAAAGCAACCAGUUCUAUGUCCACAAAAAUAUUGAUUUUACCUAUGCAAGAAAUUUGGAUGGUAGUCUUGGUUUCUUAGACAUGCUUAAAGAUGAGUACGCAGCUGUUGGUGUCAUUAAUAAACUCCAACUUCACUUCCCUAUCAAUCUGAAUACACUGAUAUUGCCAAAUCAAAUUAAAUUGAACUUUGUUUUGCCUGAACGAGAUGCUACUUUACUUCAUUGGAGUGUUUGGCCAUACACCACUUGGCAAGAAGUAGAUUCUCUAUUAACAGUAUCUGAAACGGCCGCUACUAAAUACAUCGAACGACCUGCUAAAGUUAUUUCAGCUGAUUCGAAGAUAGGCUCCUCAGUUGGUCUUUCCUAUCACCUUCAAGGAUAUUCUUAUUCUUCUGAUGUAAAAGAUGUGAACAAAUUAUUUGAGGAUAACUUUUUGACAAACAUUGGUGUUAUAUUGUACCAAAAAGACGUUGCUUUGAGUCACUUUAAUCUGAAAUAUAUUGCAAAGGAGUCCGAUAAUAAGAAUAUCAUAUUGAACUUAUUCUAUGAUAAGUUAUACAACCAGAAGUUUAGUGGUAAAAUGGAGCCAGCAGCUGUAAUGAAUGACAUUUCCGCUAAUAGCGAAGCUCGACGAGAAGAAAUGGUUAAGCGAGCUGCUACUGGUAUUGAGUCAGCACAAGUGGAAAUCUAUGACUUUAGUGUUGUUUUCAAUGAAACCCAAAAAGUCGAGUACGUAUUUACCGCCGCUGUUGCUGACAGUUUCGUGGACGUUAAGUACCAGGCAGUAUUUUUCUUUAAUUUCAAGCCUUUGGGUUUGGAACAAAUAAAUGCAGUUUACAAAGAGAUCAAACCUCUGUCAAAUCAAAUUUCUGUCCUCAAUUUCGAACAGGCUCUAAAGAACAAGGUAGAAGUAACAGCGGAAAUGGAUAUUAAAUAUGGAAAUUCUGAUAAUAUUCAAGUGCAAGGUUAUGGUGAGCGAAGCAAGAAAUAUACAGAACUGUUGAAGAAGGAUCCAUUGGCGAAACGAUGCCUGCACGAAAUCAGUAAAGACAACUUUUAUCAAAUGGAUUGCUACAAGAUGAUUAUUAAAGCAAACGCUCCAGACUACUUCAAGUUUGUCGCUUCAUAUAAAGAUUUCAAACAAGAAUACUGGAACACGACUAACGCUGCAUAUGAAAUGUUAAAGGAAUUUUAUUCUUGGGAACAUGAAAAUGUACAAAAGGCUGUUGAUGAUGGUAAAAUGGAAAUCGAAGUUCAAGCGUACUACUACGAUAAUUACAUAAACUAUGAGUUUGCGACUAAAUAUGGAGUGUUCCAAUUGAAGAAUGUUCAAGCCUUGGAAUACUUCCCCUACUCUAUGGCCUACUACGCGCCGAUUACUGAUUGGGAACGAGCCUAUAAUGUUUACUAUGGCUAUCAACACAUGCCGUUCUGCUCCCUAGACAGCAAUAAAGUGUGGACAUUUAGUGGCCGCAGUUAUGAGUACUAUCUGACCAGUUCCUGGCACGUUGUUAUGGUUGACGCACACAACGAUGACCUGGUCAUCCUUGCCAGAAGACUCAGUGAAAACCAUGCGGAGGUCUAUGUUUCUUAUAAGACCGAUAGCGGAGACUACAUAGAACUUGAGAUCAAACCAACAGGUGUUGCAGUAAAGAGCAACACACCGAAGAUGAGCGAAGGUGCUCUGACGACGUAUUGGUCUAACUUCGAGAAAGCCCCAUUGUUACAGUACCAUACUUUAGCUGAUGGUACGCAGAUGUUCUACAUACACAACGAAGCUCUUCGCCUGGUGUAUGACAAGCAAAGACUCGUGAUCUUCACUGCUGACCACCGCAGUUCCACCUGGGGUCUAUGUGGUCAGAGCACAUCGCAGAGCCGUGAUGACUAUAUGACCCCUUACGGUUUUGUGACCCGCCCUGACCACUACGGAGCCUCCUUCUCACUGGAGGGAGAGUUCAGCGAUCCUUCGACCUUAGAGUUGAAGAAGGAAGCCAAACUGAAGGCGUAUCCGCCUGUCAUUAAGUACACCAAGAUUUUCCGCUCUGAUGAUGAGCGGAGCAAGGUGCAAAAGUCUGUCAAAGCAUUAUAA